UAUAUAUUCCUCUACGAAGUGCAAUAUAUACAAACACACAAAAUGGGAAAGGUGGUAUGUGUGACAGGAGCUUCUGGUUUCAUAGCUUCAUGGCUGGUUAAGCUUUUGCUCCACCGCGGUUACACUGUUAAGGCCACCGUUCGUAACCUCAGUGAUCCAAGUAAGGUUGCACACUUGAAAGCACUAGAAGGAGCUAAAGAAAGACUCGAAUUAUUCGAAGCAAACCUACUCGAACAAGGAUCAUUUGAUGCUGUGGUCGAUGGUUGUGAUGGUGUUUUUCACACAGCAUCUCCUGUUAUAGUUGACAACAUUAAUGACCCGCAGACGGAACUUAUAGAACCAGCAGUGAAAGGAACAAUGAAUGUACUGAGUUCAUGUGUGAAGAAGAAGGGUUCAAUCAAACGAGUUGUGUUAACAUCUUCAAUUGCAGCAGUUAUGUAUAAAAGGGGCAUAACUCAACUAUUCAAUACUAGCCAAACUACUACAACUACUAUAAUUGAUGAAACUUGGUUUUCUGAUCCUUCCUAUUGUCAAGAAACUCAGGAAGCUGCAUGCAAUUUUGCUAAAGAAAAUGGUAUGGACUUGUUAGUUAUAAAUCCUGGCUUCGUCAUUGGUCCUCUGCUGCAGCCAACUCUCAAUCUCACUUCUCAAUUUUUUCUCAACUUCAUUAGAGAAGGUAUGCAUGUUGUAUAUUUUCCAGGAAAUAGCAGUGGAAUGCCAGGUGGAAUUUUGAUGCACGUUGACGUAAGAGACGUUGCAUCUGCACAUGUACUAGCAUUUGAGAAUCCUUCAGCUAAUGGUCGAUAUUGCGUCGUCGCAAACGUGUUAUAUUGUUCUUUAAAUUUCUUCCGUGAUCUCUAUCCAACGCUCAAUCUUCCUAAAAGGUACAAUUCAAUAGAAUUUUGUAACUCACGACUUAUAUUAAUUUAUAAAGAGAAAAAUGAUGCUACCGGUACACCACCAUUCCAAGUGUCAAAUCAGAAGGCAAAAUCAUUAGGUAUUAAUUUUAUAUCUCUGGAGCAAAGUGUGAAGGACACUAUUCAAAGUUUCAAGGAAAGAAACUUGGUCACUUUCACCAUUUGAUGAUGAUGUUCAAAAAUCAAGAAUCAUGU